GCGGCCUAAAAAUUUAAUUUAUCAAAUUGACCUCAAGAAAGCUUCAUUGCCAGGACAUCUUCCUCAGCCAGCACCUUCAUAACGAUGUCGAAAGCACGCGCAGCUUCAGAUGUGAUAGUGAAGCUCAUAGUAGGGGCAGGACAAGCCAGUCCUAGUCCUCCGGUCGGUCCUGCAUUGGGAAGUAAAGGUGUAAAGUCAAUGGACUUUUGCAAGGAAUUUAAUGCGAGAACUGCCCAUAUGAAUCCAGGAACCCCAAUUCCCGCGAGAGUUACAGUGCGACCAGAUCGAUCAUUCCAUUUCGAACUACGUACGCCGUCCACAUCGUGGCUACUUCUCAGUGCUGCGGGUGUUGAGGCGAAGAAGGGAAAGCUAAAGGGAGCACCAGAUUCAACAACGGUCGUGGGUACUGUCAGUCUGAAGCACAUCUACGAGAUUGCCAAAAUAAAACAAUCAGAAUUGCGCCUAUCGGGGUUAUCUUUGGAGGGGCUUUGCAAAUCAGUGAUUGCGCAGGCGAAAACCAUUGGGGUUAAGGUUGUCGCAUGAAGGGGGCGAGGGGUUGUCGAUCAGGCUGAUUCGAAAAGGCUGAGUCAAUACACACGUGUGAUAUCAUUGCGGCGGCGUUGGGAUUCAUAUGUACACUACUCUCAGAGGGAAACCUGAGAUUACAUGGUGUAAAAUAGACGAUUUUCAUGACGGUUUAACCUCGACAAUGUUUCGACUAGGACAUUAAGGACAUGAAUAUUUCGUUAACAGGACUGAUAGUUCCGCGUUUGUGGGUGCUUGUCCAAUAGAAUACUCAGAAAUGGACUCAUGUAUCAAUACAAACUUUUCCAAAACCAUGCACACUUGGCAGAUUUGUUUC